UACCACAAUGCCGUACACGCUGCCGACGUACUGCAGACCCUGCAUGUACUGCUGCACGGCGCACAGCUUCACGUACAUUAUCUAGAUCCCUUGGGGCUGCUGGCGGCGUACUUUGCGGCGAUCAUCCACGACUACGGCCACCCGGGGCUCACUGGCGACUUCCUGACCGCCACCUCCCACCCCCUGGCACUGAGGUACAACGACCGGUCCCCCCUGGAGAACCACCACUGCGCCGCCGCAUUCGAGUUGAUGAAGGGACAGCCCUCCCUGGACAUCACAGGGGGGAUGAGUCCGGGCGAGCGGGCGGCGUUCAGGAAGAUGGUGAUUGAGCUCGUCCUAGCCACCGACAUG